AUGCCUCAGCUGCAUACAUCACUGCACUUCCACUUGACACCUAUCGUAAUGAUAAACGGCUCGUCUCGUCGUGACCUUCUCUUGAAUUCUCAAGACUUCUGUUGCUCCAUGCCCGCAGGGGUAGAGAGCCCGUCGCUGUCUCGGUUGUGCUACCGGAAGCUCUGGGGAAGUCGGAAUAGGAGAGCACUCAUCUUGGGGUGGGGUUACUACUUAGAUGUUUUCAGCAGUUAUCCGCUCCGCACUUGGCUACCCAGCGUUUACCGUGGGCACGAUAACUGGUACACCAGAGCCCUUCCACUCGGCACCGUCGGAUCACUAAGGCCGACUUUCGUCCCUGCUCGACGGGUGGGUCUUGCUGUCAAGCUCCCUUCUGCCUUUACACUCGAGGGCCAAUCUCCAUCCGGCCCGAGGAAACCUUUGCACGCCUCCGUUACCUUUUGGGAGGCCUACGCCCCAUAG